AUGGGCAUACGGACUUCGCCGCCUGGCAACCAGAUGCAUGAGACCAUGCUCGGCGGCCUCAACUUCUGGCGCCGGUUUGUGUUGAGGACCGAAGACAAACGCAGCCUCGGAACCGGCAACCACGAGAACAGCUCCUGCCCCAUCUCCCGUAAUCUCCUUCACUCUCGCUUCAACAUCCUCGCUAGCAAAGUCCACAAAGUACUCAGCUCCACAUUUCAAACUAAGGUCGCGCUUAGUUUCCCCCGAAUCAACGGCGAUGGUUCGGAAGCGGCCGAGUCUGCUGUUGCUCGCCAGUUGGACCCCGAGGUGGCCGAGGCCGCCUCCAGAACCACAAACCACGACCCAGUCAUUGUCCGCCACAUUUUCCAGUUUCUUAAUAGCGCCCGCCAUAGUGAGGCCAGCGCAGAGCAAUGGCGCCGCGACUUCGCCGGGAACUCCAUCAGGAAUCCUCGUCACAUACCGGGCAUCGGCCACGGCGUAUUGCUGCAGGGUUCCAGAGGCCCCGCGGCCAGUGUUAACCUGCUUCGGGCAAUUGUUCUCGAAACCCCUCUGGCAUAUCGUACAUUCUCCACAGGCGCUGUACAGCCACUUAAUCCCUACUCGUUGACCAAUCAUGGCUUCUGCGACACCCGGCCCGGUCUUGACAACGAUUCCCACUCCCUCAUGGCCGACGAUUGGCUCACCAACUGGGAUAUCGUGACGGAUCCGGAUCCUGACAUUCUCGCCGGGGUUUUCGAUCACCGCGGCCUGUUGAACUCUUGGGAUCGGAACGGUCAUCUUCAGAAUUGA